AGUGUAGCAUGCUAGUAAACAUGUUGUAAAGGUGCUGUGGAGGAAGUGGGUCUGUGCGUCCCACGCAGAGGAGGGUUUUCCGGUCAAAGUUUCCUUUGUGAGUCGGAAGUGGUGGUGUGAUGCCAAAGCCGUUUAUCCUCACAGACACAGCACUCAAGUGGCGACCAUGAAAAAACCGUUCAGAGCUCCGUCCUGCUGAAAUGGGAAAACGCCCCUUCAAGAUUUAGUUACACAGGUCUCUCCAUCACCAUGGCAACGCUACACCCACAGAGAGGGGAGGAGCCAGGUCCCGGUAGCAUGGAAGUCACCAGGAAGCCAGGCUUGGCCCCGAGCCCUCAGAGCGAGGCAGUGACCAAUGAGCUUCAGGAGCUGUCUCUUCAGCCAGGACCCACCCCGCGGCCUCUGCAGGAGAGGAAGAAUGUCCUCCAGCUCAAACUCCAGCAGAGACGUACGCGAGAAGAACUGGUUAGCCAAGGGAUCAUGCCACCACUGAAGAGCCCGGCAGCAUUUCACGAACAGCGGCGGAGUCUGGAGCGAGCAAGGACCGAGGACUAUCUGAAGAGGAAGAUCCGAAGUCGUCCUGAGCGCUCCGAGCUGGUCAGGAUGCACAUUCUGGAGGAGACGUCAGCAGAGCCGUCCCUGCAGGCCAAGCAGCUGCAGCUAAAGCGAGCGCGACUGGCCGACGACCUCAACGACAAGAUCUCCCACAGACCGGGUCCCAUCGAACUGGUGCACAAGAACAUCCUCUCUGUGGACUGCCCCGUGCACUCGCCACUGGAUUCUCCAAAGGGAGAGAGCUCUUCUUUAGAUGAAGACAGCAGUGAUGCUCUGUCACCGGACCAGCUGACCAAUCACGACUCUCCCCUGAGUGCCGUCCCUCAGCUGUCCCCCUCGGACGUGCUCACUCAGAACGGGGACACAUCUCCCACACAGUUCAUCACACAGUCCCCUCCUCCACCACCUCCUCCACCGCCUCCUCCUCCCCAGGUGAAUGGGUCAGACUCCUCCCCAUUCCCGAAAGUGACAAACGGGAUGACGCUGACCUUAACAAGCUGCCGCCCCUCUGCUGCACAUGUCAAGUCUCAGGCUAAGACGAGUUCAGACCGUCCUCCGCAGAGACCCAAGAAACCAAAGGACAGCAAACCCAAGGUGAAGAAGCUGAAGUACCACCAGUACAUCCCUCCGGACCAGAAGGCGGACAAAGAGCGUCCGCCCCAGAUGGACUCGUCGUACGCGAAGCUCCUCCACCAGCAGCAGCUCUUCCUGCAGCUGCAGAUCCUCAACCAGCAACAGCAGCACUACAACUACCACACCAUCCUGCCCGCCCCGCCCAAGCCGCCGACCGAGCAGCCUCCCACAACCAACUCUGGCCCUUCCCCCUCCCGCAGCGUUCCCACGACGACCACCCCCGCCCCCUCCAGUCAGAGCGGGACUGCCCGACAGAGCCAAACUGCAGUGGGAGGAGCCAAACCAGGCGCUCUGCCAGCCAACCUGGACGAGUUCAAAGUCGCUGAGCUGAAACAGGAACUGAAAUUGCGCGGUCUGACCGUCUCUGGCACAAAGAACGAUCUCAUCGAGAGGCUCCGCAACUACCAGGAGCAAACCGGUGGCACCACAGCAGUUGUGAAAAACAGCAUAUCGCAGGCCAGCCAGCAGGUCGCGACCUCAGCCGCUGGCACCAUCACAUCCUCUCCAACCGCCACUACUAACCCCGACCACCAACCAGGAGAGGCGGGGUUUAAGUUAGAUCUGUCAUCACUGGCUCAGGUGAUUCCAGGGCGGGUCAUGAGGUUUGGCAGCACCAGCUCCAGCCCUCCGGUUUCACCGACUCCGUCUGAGAGGUCACUGGCCGGGAUGAGUCCAGAUGAGACGAGCUGCAACGGAGACAUGUUUGGAGAGAUGGUGAGCUCUCCUCUUACCCAGCUAACCCUGCACCCGUCUCCUCAGCACCCGCCAAACGUCUCUCCGCUCUCCAAGGUCAAAGAGGAGAUCCAGAGCUCCUGCAGCCUCUCCAGGCAUUCACCCGCCUCCUCUCAGCCUCCAGAGCCUCUGCCUGGAGUAACCAUGGACACAUCCUCCUUGGACAAGGACCAGAUGCUCCAGGAGAAGGACAAGCAGAUUGAGGAGUUGACCAGGAUGCUGAGGCAAAAGCAGAGGCUGGUGGAGACGCUCCGGUCCCAGCUGGAGCAGGGCAAGAUGACAGGCGGAGUCAUAUCAGAAAAAGAAGGGAGUGAGAGGAACAAAACAUCCCCAGAGGUUAAACUUCAAACUCUGAUAAAAGCUUCAGCCAUUCAGCCCCCGACGCUCCCCAACGGCAUCGUGGUGAAGGUGAAGAAGGAGGUGGAGCCAGAGGAGAGCAUGGAAGGAGUGACGGAGGCAAAGAAAGCCGCCCAGCCGAUGCAGUGCUCUCAGGAGACUCUGCUCCGGCUGCAGCAGAUUCACCGGCUUCAGAUCCAGCAAGCCGAGCAGCAGAAACAGCCGCCGCAGCCCAAUCAGGUGCAGCUGCAGAAAGUGGCAGAGGCGAUGUCGAGCCCUCAAAAGCUGCAGCAGCAGAAGAAAGACGCCCAAAUCCUGCUCCAGCAGCAGCAGCAGCUGCAGCAGCUCAUCAUCCAGCAAACCCAACAGAAACAGCUCCAGGCGCAGCAGAAGUUAGCGCAGCAGAAACUGGCCCAGCAGAAACUCGGUCAACAGAAGCUGGUGCAGCAGAACCAGCUCAAGCAGACUCCAGUCCAGCAGAGCCAGCAGAAGAACCAGAUCCAGCUGAAGCAGGUUCAGGUGCAGAUCCAGAAGCCUGCAGGGAACCAAAGCCAGCAGAGGAAGCAGCAGAGGGCUCAGCAGAGGCAGCAGAGACAGCAGACGGCAGCCGUCACCACCCAGCAGAUCCACUACAGACAGCAGGAGAGGAUCAAUUCAUCUGGAAUCUUCUUGUGCAAUAUAUCCAAUAUAGCUCCUUUUAUCUAG